AUGGAUUUCAUUCUCUCCUUGACGCACUUCUGCGAAGUGCAUGGUCCCACCUCGAUCAUCUGCUCGCAGGUUCUCCCAUUCUCCUGCACCCAGUGCCACCCGGACUUGGAACCCUCUCCCGGACUCUCCUCUCAUGCAACCUCCCCCGGAUCCGAUCACGAAAACCCCACCGAGCGUACCUCCCCCAAGAUCGAAGAUCACCCGUAUUUCCUCAAGGGCCAACCGGCUUCGCCCGAUGACAAGUCGCCUCGGGUGACCGUUCCCGAGGGUGACACGUGCGCCAGCUGUAGUCUGUCUCUGCCUGAAGGUGUGAGCAAGCAGCUGCCAUCGGGCGCCUCGGGCAAUCGCGACGGCAAGGGCAACAAUGGCAGCCCCGUGCUCCGAUCGCGCGAAGUGGUCUAUUCGUGCGGGAAUAGCCACUCGGAGAUGGAUGACGACACUCCCGAUCCUCACCCCCACGCCUCUCCGCCGGAUUCGCUUUCCUCCUCGGUCGCAUCUGAUGCGUCCUGCCACACCCAUAUCCUGACCUACCUUUCUCUCCGCGGGCCUCCCAACCCCGCCGAUUACGCCCUCCUUCGCCGCUCCUCCAUUCGCACCCUGAGCUGCGAGCUCCUGCCCCGAGGCCUGUCGUCCGGCCCGCUGUGCUUCGGCGACUCGGUCGCGGGCUACACGAUCGCAUACAUUUUCCGUCUCCCGGACCCUAUGGCACGCGGCAAGCGUCGCAGCUAUGCCCUGGUGGCCCUGGCUGGCAAGGAUGCCGGUCGAGCGUUCCGAGCCUGCCCCAUCAUCUGGCGCGCAUUCGGUCGCAUCGCAUCGGGCAUUGUCGCUGCGGCUGAGCGUUUCCAGGAAGAUGAAAAGCGACGUGAGGAACAGAACAACACCUCCGUGAACAAGCCUGGACGCCAAUACACUCCAGUUUCGUCGUUCCUCACGGGCCGUGCUAUGGACCCCGAUGGCCAGCCGCGCCGGCUCGGACAGAUCCGCGCGCGCAACCUGGCCGAGAUCGUGGGCAACGAAUACAUCUUUACCGAAAUCCACGCCCACUUCGUCGCGCUCCUGCAGCAGCUCGGCUCAAUGUUUGGCGGGAUCCCGAUCUCCGAGGAACGCUUCGUCUGCAGCACAGUGGGCGACGAGGCAAACUCCAGUGCUGCGCAGCCGGUGCUCGUGUCCACCGCGACGGACCAGUCCAAGCGUCGCCCGUCCAAGUUGGACGAGAACGACCUCGACAUGUCGAAGCUCGACAUCUCCAGCCCCAAGGCCAUCCCCAUUGCCCCGCGCCGCUCGGCCGUGGCAUAA